CCCUCGGUCACGUGACCUGCAUGUCCUUGGCUCGGUUUGGCUAACAUUGACAUGUGAGCUACAGAAACAUGUCUUUCCCCAAAAAGCCUGGUGGUAAAGCUUUAGAUGUUUUGCAAAACCUGCCCCGGAUAACUUUAGCAAACUUGAGACCUGAACCUGGGUCCACUAAGCCGGAAAAAAAGCGGGGCAGAGGACAGCACGGUGGUAAUAGAAGCGGCAGGGGGCAUAAAGGACAGCGGCAGAGAGGCACCCGACCUCGGCUUGGAUUUGAGGGGGGUCAGACUCCUUUCUAUCUACGCAUCCCAAAAUAUGGCUACAAUGAAGGACACAGUCGGCGUCCUCAGUAUCAGCCUCUGUCACUGAAGCGUCUGCAGUACCUGAUCGACCUGGGGCGAGUUGAUCCCACGCAGCCCGUAGACCUGACUCAGCUGGUGAACGCCAGAGGGGUGACGAUCCAGCCAAUGAAGAGGGACUUCGGAGUGCAGCUGGUUGAUGAGGGCGCUGACAUCUUUGCUGCAAAAAUCAACAUAGAGGUUCAGAGAGCUUCUGAAGGAGCCAUCGCUGCUAUAGAGAGGAACGGCGGGGUCGUCACUACGAGUUUCUAUGAUCCUAUAAGUCUCGGGAUCCUCAUCAAGCCCGUGCCUUUCUUCGUGCGAGGGCAGCCCAUUCCUAAGCGAAUGUUACCAGGGGAGGACAUGGUCCCGUAUUACACAACUGCUGAAAAUAGGGGUUACUUGGCAGACCCGGAGAAAAUCCAGCAGGCCCGGCUAGCCCUGGCACUGAAGUAUGGCUACAUUUUGCCAGACAUUUCAAAGGACGAACUGUAUCAAAUGCUCGCCAUGAGGAAGGAUGUUCGACAGAUCUUCUUUGGCCUCGCUCCAGGCUGGGUCGUUAACAUGUCGGAGAAGAAGAUCCUGAAACCCACCGACGAGAAACUUCUAAAAUAUUACAGUUCUUAUGUGUGAGGAGAAGUCUCUAAUAAAUCUCUAUGUACAAUACUGUGGCAUAAAUCAGACAAAGACUGCGUUUGAUGUUAACUCGUGUUUGCAUUUUAUAUUAAAAACGUGUAAAAACGGCGUUCUGUGUGUAAGAAUGAAGAACAGUCAUUAAACUUUAUCUGGAAAAACUC